AUGGUGUCAAAACGAGCAAGCUAUACAGAGUCCCAAGUAAAUGCAACAGUCGCUCAGGUUCAAGAGGGAGCUUCAAUAGAGGAGACAAGUAAGCUUCGAGGGCUACAGUAUCGUACUCUUGCCUCAUGGGUAGCUGCAGAGAAGCAAGAAACACCGCGGAAAGCAAAGCGACAAGGUCCGGCGCCAUUGCUACCAGCUGAAGCCGAGAAUAAACAUAUACAAGUGGGUGCUACGACGACAACAGGUGAUUCGUGGUUUGUGGUAGUGCGAAUGGAGCACCAGAAAAUGCUGCAGGUUGCAGCGUGGCUGCCGAUGAGGGCGCAUAUUCAGGUAGAGCAGAUUAACGAGGUGCCAAACGCGAAAAAGAAGGCGAAGGCAACCGGCAAGAAGUCGUCAAAAAGGAAGCAGAGUUGA